UCGGAAAUGAAGCUUCAUCUGCUGCUGCUCCUGGUGAUUUGCGCCAUACUCCUCGACAUCUCCCAUGCUGGGGUGACGGAGGAGCAAAUGCGAUCCGCUGGCAAGCUGAUUCGCGACGUCUGCCUGCCCAAGUACCCGAAGGUUACUGUGGAAGUUGCCGAUGCCAUCCAGGUGGGGAAUAUACCCUACGGUAAAGACAGCAAUUGCUACAUCAAUUGCAUCCUGGAGAUGAUGCAGUCGAUCAAAAAAGGCAAGUUUCAGCUGGAUGCAACCCUCAAGCAGAUGGAAAUAAUGCUACCGGACAGCUACAAGGACGAGUACCGCAAGGGCAUCCAUCUGUGCAAGGACUCCACCGUGGGCCUGAAAAACGCGCCCAACUGCGAUCCCGCCCAGGCGCUGCUCUCCUGCCUGAAGAGCAACAUCAAGGUGUUCGUCUUCCCCUAAAGAGGGAUGUUGCAUUCCAUUGAUUGUCGUGGACACAUGCUCAGAGCCCCAACUCCAUUUCCGGGCAAG